AUGAUAAAAUCCAUCCGCAUACUUCUUGCCAUAGCAGCAUAUUAUGACUAUGAGAUAUGGCGGAUGGAUGUGAAAACGGCUUUUCUGAAUGGCCACCUUCAAGAAGAAAUCUACAUGGAUCAACCUGAAGGAUUCAUAUCUAAACAUGAAGAGAAGAAAAAAAACAAUGGGAGCGCAAUCGUAUUCCUCGUACUAUAUGUUGAUGACAUAUUAAUGUUUGGAAACGACAUAGGCAUGUUCACCUCUGUGAAACUAUGGUUAUCAAAGACCUUCUCAAUGAAGGAUCUGGGAAAUGCAUCUUACGUACUGGGUAUCAAGAUCUAUAGGGAUAGAACAAGAAAACUAAUUGGAUUAUCUCAAUCCCUAUAUGUGGACAAGGUGCUCGGAAGAUUCCAAAUGGAGCAUUCCAAGAAGGGUUUUCUACCAGUCAGACAUGAUAUUCACCUCCUAAUGUAUGCCAUGCUGUGUACGAGGCCUUAUAUCAACUAUGCUGUGAGCAUCACAAGCAGAUAUCAAUCAAACCCAGGAUCAAAACAUUGGAGUGCUGUAAAGACUGUGUUAAAGUACCUCAGAAGAACAAAGGAUAUGUUCCUAGUCUAUGGAGGAAACCCAGAAUUACUGGUGGAAGGAUACACAGACUCAUAUUUUGAAUCUUAUGUUCAUGAUCGAAAAUCCACUUCUAAAUAUGUGUUCACAUUAAAUGGUGGGGCAAUCAGUUGGAGAUGUUACAGGCAGAGCACCACUGCGGACUCCACAACUGAAGUAGAGUACAUAGUUGCUUCUGAAGCAAAAAAGGAAGUGAUCUAA